GACUUGCGCGUUAAAAUCUUUUUCUUUCUCUCUCUUUUUUUUGUGCUUGUGAAAUAGAUAACUUAUGGCUCAACCACCGCCCAAUUCAGUGCCCACAGGACAACCUUCACCAUCAAUACCAAAUCAAGCUAAUACCCAACCACCACCACCAACACAGCAACCACAACAACAAGCAGCAGGAUUGUACGGAUAUCCCGAACCUCAAGGAGGUAUAUUUGAUAUGGUGAAGCGUAAGAUUCGAGAAGCUGCUGGAUAUCGAACAGUCAUGGAUCCAAUGGCCAUGAGUCGAUAUGGAGCUAUGAUGCCAAUGAUGCCUCCAAUGAUGACUAACACUAUGCCAAAUAUCAUGAUGGCUCAACCCAACAUGAUGAUGGAUGACAUGAUGAAUGCUCAACCUUAUCAUUUGCUUUCACAGCAACAACAGCAACUUCAACAAUUACCUCCACAUCAACAACAGCAAGCAUUAUUGAUGGCUAUGAUGAUGAUGAACCCUCAAAUAGCCAACGGUGCUAUGACGCCUGGUCUUGUUACACCUGGAAAUGGGCCUUAUACUCAACAGAUGAACCCAAUGUAUCAACAGUACAUGAUGAAUGGUGGAUUAACACUGGGAAACAAUAUGAUGAUGCCAGGAAAUAACAUGUUACAACAACAACAGCAAAUGAUGAUGCAUCCUUAUUUACAGCAACAACAACAACAACAACAACAACAACAACAACAACAGCAGCAAAUGAUGAUGAUGUACGGUGGCCAACAGCCAGGAUUUAUGCCCAGUUAUAGUGGUGUCAAUCAUGGUUAUUAUGGUAACUAUGAUCAACCAAACUAUUACUAUGGCAACGGUGCUACGCCCUAUGCUUCUACAGGUUAUCAGCGUGGUAUGAUGGACCCUUACAGUCCCUAUGGUGAUCCUUAUGAUAUGUAUGCGUCUAAACGAGGUUAUUUCUAAACUAUCUUUGUAAACAAAGUUGUAUCAUGUUUAUUGUUAUCAAAGAGAUGACGGCAUGAUCGGAUACUCAAAUUAAAGUAACACGCAAAGCAUAAAUGAAGCAUAUCUUCUUUUUCUUCCUCCCCCCCCUUUUUUUUCUUUUUCUUUUCUAUAUGGAUUCUCAACUUAUUAAAACAGUCAACAAGCUACAAGACGCUUUUGCAACAUGGUAAAAGUUCAGUCUUGGAAAACAUUGUAGGUAGAGACUUUUUACCAAGAGGUACUGGUAUUGUGACGCGUCGACCUUUAAUUCUUCAACUUAUUAAUCGGGC